AUGUCGCGCAAUGAAGCGGUGUCGCCGCUGCGCAUAAACAAGACGCCUACUCCUUCGCCCACAAAGGGAAGCGGCCGUCCCUUGUCAGAAAUCAGCCCCCAUGAGCACCGCAGGAACUCUCCCAGCUGGAACCAGACAACAAAGAAGAUCAUCCUCGCCAAAGAGAGCUCGCCAUUCCGCGACUCUUCGCCAUUCACUCACAGCCCACGUCUUUUCUGGAAGGAGCAGACCACUUCGCCCAAGAGCCGCUUUGACACAUCGGAAAACGAGUACGAGGGCAGCUCGCCUCUCUCGCCCAAGCGCAACUCAAUUGAGAACCUGAAGAAGCAGUCACGUGUCAAGAACAGCAGCAUGUUCGCGCGCGAGCAGAAGCACGAGUACGACCCCAACUCGGUCCAGCCGCUGGAUCGUCCACUCGCUGCAGGCCGCCCACUUAGCACCGCUGUGCAGGGCAACGCCUAUGGCGGUAAUGGCCUCCAGGGCCUGCGUAAUGAGAACGAGAGCCCCACAAAAGGUCACCACCAUAGCCGGUCUGAGAGCCAAACACGGAUCCCCAUCCUCAGCCCGUCCAAGACGUCACCAGCGAAGCUUCCCACACAGUCUUCCUUCGCUUCACCGUCCAAGCCCUCUCCGUCCGAGGGACGCAUGUCGCCGACCAAGUCCUCGCUCGUCAGCAAUGGUCGUUUCAACUCGCCACAAUACAACGGUGACUCCAGCGCCGUCAUGUCAGAUGACGAAGAGCUCGUCCAUCAGACUCCACGCCCGCUGCGGCGUCAUGCUAAGAGUGUGACCUUUGACACUGCUCCACCUCAAAUCACCGAGUUUGAGAUGGUCACACCCGACCCUUCAGUCGCCACCAUGUCCCGGGACGGAAGCUACGAUUCCGAGGAGGAGACAGAGGAGGAGAUGAGCUUCGACCAGGAUGACAGCUUCGAUGCUUCCCUAGAGGACACCGACAAGACACCCGUCGUGCUGCCCGAGGAUUGGCGCCACAUGAGCCCACAAGCCGCAGACACCUCCCUCACCGAUCUCUACGACGAUGUCUUCGAUCAGCGAGACAACAGCCCUAUGCCUUCUGCACGUCCCAACGGUACAACCAAUGGAUCGCGCAUAGGUUCGACAGCCUCCGAUGGCGAUGCGAGGCCACUUCCUCCUCUUCCUGCCAUACAAGGUAGCCCCAACCGGCGGCGCGAUUCCAGCAUUGGCCUGUCCGCUGCCGCAGAGCGGGUUGGCGAUAGGCGGCGUUCUCUUCCUCAGCUCCCGCAAGCAGCUGGUAUCUCUAAGAGUGAUCUCCUCAACAUGCGCGAGGUCUCCAUGUCGCUUGAGGAUCGCUUACGCCUGAUGAACUUCGAUGACGACCGCGAUACGAGCACACCGACUCAGGAGAUGCAGAACAAGAAGAAGGCCGUAGAGGUUGAUGUUGCAGAAGUCGAUGUUACAGAGUUGGAGCUAACACUUGACGAGCCGAAGAUCCCGCGCAUCUCUCGCGAAUCAAUCCUCCGACGCGUCAAGAGCCGCACUUUCGACGAGGGUGAGGAGGAGGACGACGAGGAGGUCGAGGAAGAGUACAGCACGUUCGAGCCGGAGUACAGCCCUGAGCGCAGCUACGGUGACCUUGCUGACUUGGACCCCGAUGUUCCCAUUCCAUCACGUGAAGCCUCCUCCAACUUUGACGAGCACCCACGUCAGGUCUCCGUGAGCGAGGCCGACAGCGUUGUCGACGCUUACAGUUACCACAACGCAGACAGGACAGAAGGCGACCAUGCCGAUGAGACUGAUGUUGAUGGCAGCUCGAUGUCUCAGCUCGAAGACUAUGAACGCGAGUCCUCUGUCAUCCGCCAUCCUAUGCCUGAACACUCGGAUGAUGAGGACGACAGCAGCCAAUACUCACCUCAACCUGAGGAGCAGCCGACUGCGGAGAGCACCAUUGACUCCUCCGGUCCACCAACGCCCGUUGUCGCUCCCUCUUCUCCUGUCUCGGCAGAGAAGCAGGCGCCACAGGACGAAAUGUAUUCUUCAUUCGAAGGUAAGGACAUGGACCUGAGCUUGGAUCCCCUGAAGGCUUCUAUGGCAACAGCUCCGAGUCCAUUGGACUCACCGCCUAAGCUAGAUGCCAUGCGCGACUUCCUACGACGACCUGUCACACCUGAAGCUCCCGAGAUGGAGGAAUAUCAGUCAGAGUCAGAGGACCCUGGUACUCCAGACUCUGUCAUUCGCCACCCCAUGGCUGUCUCCCCAGCUCCUCAGGAGAAUGCCCCAGAGGUUCCUCAACGGGAAGCUACCAUCCGAGGUGCCGGUGGGAAGUUGAAGACUCGCCCAUCGCUCAUUCCUGAUGAUAUUGAUAUGGCAGCUACACGCCGCCAAGUUAGUGGCCAGCAUGCUCCCCCUGUUCCUGAGCGAAGCCCGAAGCGCCAGUCAAUGAGCCUCGAGCUUGGCAAUGCUGAUGAAGAGGGCAAUGACGACGAUGGCGAUACGCAAGUGAGCAUCACGACCAAGCAGAACCGCAUGCUGGACCUGCAGCUUGGUGACCUCAACCUUGGUGACGAUUCGAACGACCUCAGCUUUGGGCUGGACAAGGAGUUUGAUCACAUCAUUGAAUCACAGAAGGUAGAGAACCUUUUUCCUAUUCCCUCAUUUGCCAGACUCCCUACAUCCACCGCUGCUGUCAUGGACGCAGCCUGCCAGAUGUCCGGUGAAGGCUUUGUUUAUAUGCACAGUUCCGCUAACGAGCAUGUCCACGAACAGAAAGGAUACUUGAUGCGCGAAAACACGAAGGUCGUUGUCGCGAGCAGUCGCCAAUUCAGCGACGAGAAGCCUCCUACUCCUACCGAGCCUACCAGCGAGGUGGCUGUCAAGCCUGUUUCUCGUAAGACGAGCGCCGAGCGCAAGCCUGCAUGGACAAAGGAGCCUUGGAAUGGUAAGCCUCGCAGGAAGAGUAUCCGAACGGCAUCUGGUCGUCGCACUCGAACCUCAGAGGGCCCUGCUCCACCACUACCUGGUCAAGAAUCUGCCGUUGCUGGCGGCCUAGACUCGGUCGCUGAACAGGGAGAUGAUGGUGAGCCUGAAGAGGGCGAAGAGCGAGGUCUGGUGUUUGUCAAGGUUGUCGGAGUCAAGGACCUCGACCUUCCUCUGCCAAAGCACGAGCGUACCCACUUCCAGUUGACGCUCGACAAUGGUCUGCACUGCGUCACGACGUCUUGGCUAGAGCUUGGACAAUCCGCUCCUAUCGGACAAGAGUUUGAGCUCGUCGUCAUGGAUGACCUCGAGUUCCAGCUUACACUUCAGACCAAGCUCCAGCCUCCAGCCGUGCCUCAAGUUGUAGCUGCGCCUACCGCCAAGGCUGUCAACCACAAGAAGUCUCACUCUGCUUUCCGCAACCUCCUAUCAUCGCCAAAGAAGAGGAAGGAGCAGGAACGCAGGGCGCAGGAGGAGGCUGAUCGUAUUGCUCAACAGGAGCAUCAGGAGGCUCAAGCUGCCGCCAAGCGCAACCAAAAAGCCACCGCUUGGGAUCUUCUCCACGACCUUGUUGGACCUGACGGAUCUUUCGCCCGUGCCUACGUUUGCCUCAACAACCAUGAGAGCCAAGCGUAUGGUCGUCCGUUGACCGUCGACAUCCCUUGCUUCAACGAGUGGGCUGUUGACAACACUGGCGCCAGUAGUGUCAAGAGCAAGCGCGGAGGCGUUGUUCGCCGUCCACCUUAUCGGGUGGGCAAGCUCACGCUCCAGCUUCUAUACGUCCCGAAGCCUAAGAACGGAAAGGAUUCGGACAUGCCCAAGAGCAUGAACGCUGCUAUUCGUGAGCUUAAGGAAGCUGAGCAAGUCAAGGACAUCAGCUUCGAAGGCACGUUGAGCCAGCAGGGUGGAGAUUGUCCAUACUGGCGACGUCGUUUCUUCCGUUUGGAAGGUACAAAGCUUACCGCUUAUCACGAGUCUACACGGCAACCGCGUGCUACCAUCAACCUAGCGAAAGCCUCCAAACUCAUUGACGACAAGAGCGCUCUUCAGCAACCAUCCGCGACAAAGACUGGUGGUCGGCGAAAGUCCGGAUUCGCUGAUGAUGAGGAGGGCUACAUGUUCGUCGAAGAGGGCUUCCGUAUCCGUUUUGCCAACGGUGAGGUUAUCGACUUCUAUGCCGACAGCCGUGAACAGAAGGAGGCUUGGAUGAAGGUGCUCUAUGAGACCGUCGGCAAGGACAUUGCUCAAAACAAGGGCUGGGCUGCCAUGGUCCUCGAGAAGGAGCGCAAGGAGAAGACUACGCGGUCACAGAUUGGCACGCCAAUCUCACCAACCAAGUCACACCCCAUGGUUGGAAGCUCACCGAACGUCAACCGUCGGCCUUCUCACCAACGCACCCAAUCGCACGAUGUACUUGGCUCUAUCAAGUCUCCCCCUUCAAGUCCUGUAAAGGCCCACGCCCGAACACAGUCGCAUGCGCCUACUCCACCUUUGAAGGACGUUCGCAUGUCGCACGCGCCGCCCCCACGGCCGCGAACGCAGGAGUCAGCCAAGCCGGGACGUAGAGAGCAGGUUCGAUCGAUGAUUUUCUAG